AUGGAGGACUCAGUUGCAAUAAUCGGCGCAGGCCCCGUGGGUCUUUUUACCGCUCUGCUGCUUGCGCAGAGAAAGAUUCAGGUCACCGUGAUCGAAGCACGUGAAGGAAUUGACCAAUCGCCCAGAGCCGUUGCAUAUUUCCCUCCGGUGUUGGAGGAGUUUGCAAAAGCAGGUAUCAUCGAAGAUGUAGUCGCUGCUGGUGAAAAGGCAGCAGAUGGAUGCGAUUGGAGGAAUGCCGACGGGGAUCUUUUGGCUGGUAUCGACCCUCCUCCAAAUGACCCGACCUUUGCUGUGUGUCUCUCUCAGCCGGAACUUGGGGAAAUUCUGAGGAAUAAAAUCUUGGAAACAGGUUUUGCCGAAAUAAUAUGGAAUGAGUCGUUUCAAAGAUUGAAGCAAGUUGACGGAUCCGUUGCAUAUUGGACUAAGAACAAGCCCAACGAUCAUGAAACAGAACGAACUUGCCGCUAUUUGGUCGGUGCGGACGGCGGGCGUAGUUCUGUGAGAAAGAACCUUGGUAUUCACCUUGAGGGAUACACAUUUAAAUGGUUUCAGUUCGUGGCUGUCAACUUCAAGUACCCUCUGAGUGCCAUGGGAUGGAAGGCACCCAAUUUCAUUGUCGAUCCAGUUGACUGGGGUAUUGUCGUAAAACGCGGCAAGGGAACAAGCUGGCGAUUUGCGACAGGAGUCAAGAAAUCAGCCGCGCAGAAGCUGACAUCAGUUGAUGAUGCCACUUUACAAUUGGUCAAGGAUCGGUUGCGACGCAUUCUUCCGGGCGAUAAAAGUGAGAUCCAGUAUGAAGCAAUAGCGCCAUAUGUUGUUCAUCAGCGAUGUGCAACUCGGUUCCAGGAAGGGAAUGUUCUCUUGGCUGGUGAUGCAGCACACCUCAACAACCCCGUUGGUGGUCUGGGACUUACCACCGGUCUGCUCGAUGCUGCCCAUUUGGCGAUUGCUUUAGGAAAGGUGAUAAAGCAAGAAGCUAGUCCGAAUCUUCUUACAUCCUACGCCCAAACAAGGCAGCGCAUUUUCCGGGAACGAACCAGCCCGGCGAGUACCAGUAACUUGCUAAGGCUUUUUUCACAAGAGGCGGAACACGUCAAGGAGAGAGAAGAGACCUUUGCUAAGCUGAAAGAUCCAAAAGAUUUUAUAACCAAGGCCAGAGUUGGACUUGCAGACUUCAGUCUAAGUAGUACGUCAGACAACUUCUUCGACACGCAUGGCGAGGUAACGUGGUUCAUAUCAGUUACUCGUAUCCCGGAAUGGACUCAAGAGCUAUUUGAGCAUGAAUACAAGCACGUUCACGCCGACAUGACUCGAAAAGGCAACGAAAUCAUGCCCGUCACUCAUCAAUAUGUCCAAUUAUGCAAUUCCAAAUCCACCAUGCGAGGAACCGAACAUCCACAAUGGGACUACGUGACUUGUCUUACCUGGCCGAGUCUGUUCAUCAUCAAUGCUGGAUUUAAAGAUCCAGGCUACCGUGAAAAUGCUGGCAAGCAUGUAUUUUGCCAACUUGACCAGGAAGGGUGUAUUAUGACGAAGGUGCAUAAUAUCUCGAAGCAUAAGGGUGAUAAGUCCAAGGUCGACCCUGUCCAGUGCCUUAUCUAUCACAAAAGAGAUAAUCCUUUGGACGACUUUUCUCCGCUAUGGUUUGCAGACSGAGCCGCUAAAAUAGAAAAAUUUUUAGUGUCUGACAGCCGGCCAAAUACUUACAUUCUAUGGCGAGACGUGACUCCCAAAACGGAGAACUUCUUCCACGACACGCAAUUCUCUGGUGGGUCAUGGCUCAACUACAAAGCGCUUGAAACUUUUGGUUUUAAGACUAAAGACAGCGCUCAUUCUUUUUUCGAGAAGUACGGAGGAGAUAUAUUUGGCAACCGGGCAGAGACAACGCAGACAGUGAUUGGAGCGCCAGACAUCAUCAUCCCGCGCACAUAG